UCCCCUUGCAGUGGGGGAAGGAAUCAAACCCCCAAGAUGGCGGCGGCGUCGGAGGAGCGGAUGGCAGAGGAAGGAGGCGGCGGCCACGGCGACGGCGGCUCCUCUUCGGCCGCCAGCUCUGCCCAGCGACAGCCCCCACCGCCCCCGUCCCAGCCCCCGCAGCCGGGGUCCCAGGCGCCCCCAACACCGGCGCUGGCUCCGGACCAGCUGCCUCAAAACAACACGCUGGUGGCGCUGCCCAUCGUAGCCAUCGAGAACAUCCUCAGCUUUAUGUCCUACGACGAAACUAGCCAGCUCCGCCUGGUUUGUAAAAGAAUGGACUUGGUCUGCCAGAGAAUGUUGAAUCAGGGAUUUCUGAAAGUAGAGAGAUACCAUAAUCUAUGUCAGAAACAAGUUAAAGCACAACUCCCAAGGAGAGAGUCAGAAAGGAGAAACCACUCAUUAGCUCGUCAUGCAGACAUUCUUGCUGCUGUUGAAACAAGGCUGUCACUAUUAAAUAUGACUUUCAUGAAGUAUGUGGAUUCAAAUCUCUGUUGCUUCAUCCCAGGAAAGGUGAUCGAUGAGAUUUAUCGUGUGUUGAGAUAUGUCAAUUCUACCAGAGCCCCUCAACGAGCUCAUGAAGUACUUCAAGAAUUAAGGGAUAUUUCUUCCAUGGCAAUGGAAUACUUUGAUGAAAAGAUUGUUCCAAUUCUAAAGAGGAAAUUACCUGGAUCAGAUGUGUCUGGAAGACUCAUGGGCUCUCCUCCAGUUCCAGGACCAUCUGCAGCCCUAACAACAAUGCAGCUCUUCUCCAAGCAAAACCCUUCAAGACAAGAGGUUACCAAACUCCAGCAGCAGGUUAAAACAAAUGGUGCUGGCGUGACUGUUCUCAGGCGUGAAAUUUCUGAGCUUCGCACCAAAGUGCAAGAACAGCAGAAACAGCUUCAAGACCAAGAUCAGAAACUGCUAGAACAGACCCAGAUCAUAGGUGAACAGAAUGCACGGUUGGCAGAGCUGGAACGCAAACUACGAGAAGUAAUGGAAAGUACAGUGGGGAACUCCUCAGCGUCUGGACAGAAUGAGGAGUCUCCUCGGAAACGAAAAAAGGCCGUAGAAGCCAUAGACUCUCUUAGGAAAUCUAAACGUCUUCGGAAUAGAAAGUAAAUUGGAAUGUGGUCCUAGCUCCAGAGGAAGACAUGGCUUAGUGGCUUAAGCAGUUACCACGUAUCAGGAUACUGUGAGCAACAUGGUGUCCCCUAAGGCUUCUAUUCUUUCAGAACACAACUUGAACUCUUACCAUUGGGACAGUCUUUUCCUGCUUCUCCUGGUUGAACUGAUGCACAGGAUCUUUUUGCUUUGCAAUAGAUUUGUACUAACCAGACCUGGUCUAUCAUGUUUUGAGGAGUUAACUUUUUUCUGUGCAGAUAAUGUUUAAAGUAAGUUAAUUUGUUUCUGCAUAUAUGCACAUUACGUAAGGAUCUUAAACCCAGUCUUGACAGACUAGAAAUUAAGUUUAAUGCGGAAAAUGUCCUGUUCACUUGAAAGAAAAGAUCUACUUUUUAAAUGGACACUAUCUUGUUUUUUUGUUUUUUUUUUUUUUAACAUUGUCUUUUUGUUACAAGUGACCUUGUCUGGAAUGUCUGAAGAGUAAUUAAUGCUUUUUGGUAUUGAAGUAAUGGGUAACUAAAACGGACUUCCAUAGUACUGACUGUAGAAGGAGCCUCUACAGUAUUGACUAUAUAUUUUUAUAAACUACUGGCAAGGCACUUAUCCAGUUGUUAAAUACAUGUUUUCAAUUCUCUUUUGGGGCCAUGUCCUACAUUUGCAUGGAUGGAUGCAUGUGUUGCCUAGUCAACUCACUUAAAAAGCUCUUGCACUGGUAUUGAUCUUGAACCUCUAUACUUCUCCACUUUUUACAGCAGCAUCUUAGUUUAUUUAAGCGCUUAACAUCUUCCACCGCAACAGCUUGCCUCUAGAGGAGGAAUUGUUAGUCCCUUUGUCCUCCAGUUUUAUAGGAACAAGAGACUCUUUAAAGCCCAUUGCUUUAUCUAUUCUCUGUAGGGUUCAGGUACACUGGCUAAGGCAGAACCCCAAAUUCCAAGGCUCUUUUUAUCAAUAGUGGACCUCCGGGAGCUAGUACUGUGCGUCACUUACCACCGUGUGUGCUCGUUGAUCACGUGAGUAGGGGACCCGACUUACAGGAUGUAGUUUUGCCAUUGAAGGAAAAGUUCAUUGAAGAAAAUCGUACAUGAAAAAAGCAUUUUGAUUAUUUCAUUUCUGGGGGAUGACCUGAAGAAAGCUUUUUAAUAUUAAUUUCAAGGUUUUCUUAUCCUACAACUUUAAACAAAAGCUUUAAUUUCAUUUGCACUCCUGUUUUGAGCUUGUAACUGGAAAAGCAUGUCUUGCACUGUUCAGCCUUCUGAGUGGUCACUUUAACAACCUCCAAAUUGUGUACAGUGGUUACUUUCCCCAGCUGUAUAUUUUUUGAGACAUUUAACUAUCACUGUCCUGGUUUUAUUUUAAUGUACUAAAUUAUGUAGUUAUUUGAAUGUUAAGUUCUUUUAAACAACUGUUGCCAUGGGCUUCAGUUAUUUAAAGCAAAUUUAGAUAUACUAUAGAAAAUUAUCCCUUUCUAGGUGGGAGUUUAACACCUGUGUAAAACCUAAGGUUUUGGUAAGUACCUUAGUCAAAUAAAAGCACAAAGUUAUCACCUUUUUUAUCCGUCCAACAUGACAUGGUUAUGCAUCCUUUAGAUUAACCUCACCAAAUGAAACUUUAUCCAUUUUUAAUUAUUGUCCUUAUAUAAUAUUGUCCUUAGGUUUUGAUCAAUUCUAUGUCUAACUUUGAAAUUUCAUUUACAAUGUAGUAUGUUUUCAAUGAAAAACCAUAAAGUAACAUCCAAGUGUUUCAUGGUUUGUUGGGAAGGUAAUUUUAAAAUAAAACAAUUUCCAAAAAACAUUUGUCAGCCAAGGUCAUCCGUAAAAGUCCCCGUCUGGAACUCAUUUUCUCAGCAGUUCUCAUUUUUUUAAUCAUAGGAUUUAGCCAUAUUAUCAUAACUUUGGAGGAGGCCUACUAGAAUACCCAUGGCCUUUAAUAGUCUGCUUUUCUGGUAAUAGGAAGACUUUUUUUUAAAAGUAUAAAAGUCUGUAUUUACAGGUUUACAAACUAUGAUCCUUAGGCAUCAAAGGGAUAUAGCCUCAGAUUAUUUCUUUAAUAGUUGUUAAUGAAUUAUUAGGUUUCCUGAAUUUCUUUUUAAACUACAUCUAGAUAUCCUAGAUGUAUGUAUAGUCUUCCAUUAGUUAACAUGAGUAUCUGGCUUUCAAAAAUAAGCAGUCACACUAUUAGAAGGUAGAUACUCUGUUCCAAAAUCCAAAUUUUUACAGCAUACGCUUGUCAUCACCUGUCCAUGAAGCUAAUAAGUUGCACGUGUUAAUACAUGAAUGUUCCAUAUAGUAGGAGAAUAAAGCAUUGCAGUUCAGUUGUUCAAGUCUUAAAUCUUAGACUAACUAAAACACGUUAGGGUAUUGUCUUCAUUUAUUAGGACAGUUAUUCGAGAGCUGUGUUGCUUGCUAAUGGAUAGCAUAAUGGUAUUUAAGGCUUAACAAAUCACAAAUUAUUUUGAUCAGCUAAAACUGACGUACAUUAACAGGAAAACUGUAAAUCUCCUGAGAGCCAUCCUGCCCUGCAUUUUACAUGUUAUUUAAAUGCCGUGUGUUAAUAUUGUGUUGUCCUAAUGCAAAUUUCUUAAAGUAUUCCCAUUGUCUUCCUUGGCUGUUUUUCAGAGAAGACUUCUCUAUUUUAAUGGGUCAUUCCCACAUAUAAAUUUAUUGUGGUACAACACUACACACAUGGAUAAAAAUGUGAAAAAGCAUGUAUAACAAAUGGAGAGGACUGGCCCCACACCCAACCUCAAGCGGAUCCUCUGCUUAUCUCUCACUUGGACUUGGCUUGCUUGGUUUUCACAUAUUCUGAGGUUAUAGAGCCUGUUUUUGAAACUCCUCUUUUGAUAUACAGAGCCUGGAAAUAAUGGGGCAAACACAAAUGUAUUCAGAAUAUUAUACUGUUUUAAAGACUAUUGGGGUGCCAUCAAAUCUAAAGCCACUGGUUUUGGAAGCAACUUUUUUUGUAAAACGUGUUUUCUGGAGUACUGAACCUUAUAGGGGUUUGCCUUAAUCUCUAUUGAAUAGUUUCAAGUUGUAUGCGCUAUUAUUCUACGUGUUAAAAUGUUAAAAUAUUCUAUGUAGCCCCAAAGGUGGGUAAAACAGAGUAUAAGUAAUGCCUAAAUAAAUAAGCUAAAAGGUGUCACUACAGCUGGAUUUUUGAGAGAAAAUGGACAUAUAAAAAUAGGCUAUGUGUAAUAAAAAUAAUGGCACCUUAGGAUUGCACUAUUUUAUGCAUUAUUUUAUAUGCCAUUUCAUAGCCUGCACUUUAAUCUCCAAAGAAACAACGUGUGAUGUCCCAGUUGUUCCUUAUUAUUAAUAAACUUUUUCUUAAGACAGGGCACUUA